AUGGCAACCAUUGCCUUUUUCGGAGCAACCGGCGGCUGUGCCAACGCCUGCUUGACCUACACGCUUCUCAACGGCUACAACGCGAGAGCCCUAGCCCGCACCCCAUCAAAACUCACUACGCUGCUCCUUUCACAGCCUGGCAUAACACAAGAGAUCCUCUCUCGUCAGCUGGAGAUAAUUGAAGGCGACGCAACAGAUGUAGAAAGCAUCACGAAAACCCUCAUCACCAACUCCGAUCCCAACAGCACACCCAAUGGGGCUUGUACUCUUGUGACAAGUAUAGUUUCCGGCAUAGGCGGUGCACCGACAAUCUCCUUUACCAAGGAAUCAAAAUGCGCAACAAUUCAGAUGCGCAUGCCUGCUUUACCGCACAUUGAGCUCUCGAACCCGCAUAUCACAGAACAGACGACGCGCGCGCUGCUGGCGGCGCUGGCCAAGAUUGCUUCGGAGCGGUUUGCCUCAUACGAGGCGUAUCGCGAUGUUGCACCAAGGGUCACUGUGAUCUCGACGACGGGGCAUUUGCCUGGUAAUAAAGAUGUGCCGGUCUUGUUCAGGCCUAUGUACUCUAUACUCUUGCCGAUCCCGCAUGCGGAUAAGCUGCAGAUGGAGAAAUUGCUCGAUAAGGAGGUUAGGCUGGGAUAUGCUGGGGUGCUUGCUGCCGGGGUUGUUGUUGUGAGACCCAGCCUUUUGACGGGGGAUCAUCGGGUUCCUGUUUGUGAGGGGGACGAAGGGGGUCAAGAGGUGGGACUGGGGAAAGUGAGGGUUGGAACGGAGAGGGAUCCUGCUAUUGGAUAUACGAUUUCACGGGCUUUAGUUGGUGAAUGGAUUUUUGAGGAGAUUGUUCUGGCCUUCUCUUAA